AAAAAAAAACACAUAACAGUAGUCACUGUUCUGUUUCUGCUACUAGUAACUACUUUUUAUGUGGUCAACGCAAAACAAAUUUUGAUACCAGGGCAAACAGGUACACGGUGCGCAUGCCUUUACAAUUAUAGACCAGUGUGUGGUUCCAAUGGAAGAACUUAUGGAAGGUGUGUCCUUAAUUGUGCUAACUCCAAACGUGAAAAUGAAUUGAAAAGAAUCAGAAUUCUAUUCAUAAUGUUAUUAACCAUGAAAGCGUUCUCAAUAGUUUUGCUGCUGCUUGCAGCAUUUUCUGCCUCUUCACCUGUUUCUGAUGGCUUAGAAAAAUUCAGCCCAUUGAAACCCGAGUGCAUCUGUACUUACGAAUAUGCUCCAGUGUGUGGUUCCGAUGGAAAAACGUACGCAAAUAACUGCACCGUUAAUUGUGUUAAUGCUAAUCGAGAAAAUGGAUUGUCUCCGAUCAGUAUUGUAAAAUAUACAAAAUGUUAAUCGACCUUGUUGAAAUAUUUGUUACCAGAAAUAAUAAAUGUAAUUAAUAAACA